GCAUAUAAUUGCAGUGCAAAUUGAGAUUCCAACGACUGUGAUGCUGUCGGAGUAGCGGAGGCUAGAUAACGAUGUCGCCGCCAUCUAUACGGUGCCACGGUGGUGCUGGUUACUCACAGGGAGGCGAGGAUGCAGAAACCCCUUCUCACAAAGAAAUCCCUUCGUACCAGUGCCGAACUAUUGUACAACACUGCAACCAUCUCUGUUUUCUUCUUCGAUCUUACGGCGCCUACUCCUCUCCAUCUUCUAUCGAUGUCAUCAGCACCACCAGCGAGUGCGACAUCAAGGACAAGGACGACCUCGGACCUCUAUCUUCUACAGAAGACUCGUCGGCUAGGGUUGCGGAGCCACCAUCAUUGCCACCACCACCUUCAUAUGUCGUCGAUCACUGCUCAUCAUCCGAUUUCCGGCUUUCCCUUCGUUGGUUUCUUCUUCAUCCCCGCGACUCUCCUCCGAUCUAAUUAUUGGCUCUAUCAAAAAAAUGCCAAAAUUAGGCCGAACAUAUAUCAACAGAGCUUUCUCUCAAUUCUUUCUUCCUGGCCAAGACAAGCGAGACUGCUCUCCUGUUGAUUUUCGCACAUUAAUUAUAACCUAGCGAUCUCGUUUUUUUACUCGAUCGUUGUCCCUUCCUUCGUUUGGUGAAGGGUUUCCAUGGCUGCCCGAAGGUUAUACAGUGGAAUACAGUGUUUGAUGAAUUAUUACUAAGAAGAUGGAUCUAAUUCUAAAGGUACUACUACCUUUU